CGACUGGAGCAAAGAUUUAAUCAUUCCUCGGUGUACUAAAGCAAAGACGAGUUGUCGAGGUCGGCUGUAGCCAGAUUUGAAGUUAAUCUUCUGAACGUAUCCAUGUUUGCGGAUCAACACCGGCUUGGCGGUGCCCUCAAUUGAGUGUGCGCACAGGGGAGACGCUCGCAGCACUGUUCCAAGUAUACGCUGCCAACGAUGAAAGAGGAGAUACAUUGUUUUCGGGACUAUCUGAAAUGGGGAGUCAAAAACUGCUAACACAAAUGAGAUUCUAGAAUUGGAAAACGGGUCUCAUUCUGAGUUUUAUAAGGAACUAUUCCAAAAGGAGAAAAUUCGUGUUUUUAUUUCUCUCAACAAUAAUGUAUAAGAGGAAAAAUGUGGGUCGGAUGUCGAUUUCUGUUUGAUACGGAUACGAGAAGUGGCCAGAUAUCAGCAUGAAUUAAAAGCAGAAAGAAAGAAAAGACAGACAUCAAUGUUCAUUUUUCUUUUGGAGCGAGUACCAUGGCGAAAAGGAAGGGACUGUUGUUUUCGCUGCUUUACUUGAUGGCAGAGUUUUGGCUGAGUUGGCAGCAAGUCCUUAGAAUCGGGGGUAUCUUUGAGACCCUUGAGAAUGAGCCCAUUAGUGUGGAGGAGCUGGCCUUUAAAUUCGCUGCGACAAACAUCAACAGGAACCGGACCUUAAUGCCCAACACCACACUGACCUACGACAUCCAGAGAAUCAACCUCUUCGACAGCUUCGAAGCCUCCAGAAGAGCCUGUGACCAGUUGGCUCUGGGUGUCGGGGCGGUGUUUGGCCCCUCUCACAGCUCUUCCGUCAGUGCUGUCCAGUCCAUCUGCAAUGCUCUGGAGGUACCCCAUAUUCAGACCCGGUGGAAACACCCCUCCGUGGACAACAAGGACAGCUUCUACAUCAAUCUGCACCCAGAGUAUGCCUCCAUCAGCAGAGCGAUACUGGACAUCGUACAGUACUACAAGUGGAAGACAGUCACUGUGGUUUACGAGGAUGCAACUGGGUUAAUUCGUCUUCAGGAGCUGAUCAAAGCUCCGUCCAGGUACAGCAUCAAGAUUAAGAUUCGCCAGCUGCCGACGGAGAGUAAAGACGCCCGGCCGUUACUAAAGGAGAUGAAGAAGGGGAAAGAGUUCUAUGUUAUCUUCGACUGUUCCUACCAGACCUCCGCAGAUGUACUCAAACAGAUCAUGUCUAUGGGGAUGAUGACUGAGUAUUACCACUUCUUCUUCACUACUCUGGACCUAUUUGCUCUGGACCUGGAGCCGUACAGGUACAGCGGUGUGAACAUGACCGGGUUCCGCCUUCUCAACAUAGACAACCCCCAGGUCGCCUCCGUGGUCGACAAGUGGUCCAUGGAGCGCCAGCAAGCCCCGCCCAAACCAGAGACGGGCAUGCUGGAUGGCAUGAUGACGACUGAGGCAGCGUUGAUGUAUGAUGCUGUGUACAUGGUGGCAGCAGCAUCCCAGCUCUCCACUCAGAUCACUGUCAGCUCACUGCAGUGCCACAGACACAAACCCUGGCGCUUCGGAGCACGAUUCAUGAACAUGUUCAAAGAGGCGACGUGGAACGGUUUGACAGGACAGAUCAUUAUAAACAAGACAGACGGUUUGAGGAAAGACUUUGACCUGGACGUCAUCAGUCUGAAGGAAGACGGCUUGGAGAAGACGAUCGGGGGCAAUAGCCACCUCAAUAAAGUGUGGAAAAAGAUUGGAUUGUGGAACUCCAACAACGGCCUUAACCUUACCGAAAGUCUGAAGGAUACGGGGACUAACAUCACAGAUUCCAUGGCCAACAGGACUCUGGUCGUCACCACUAUCCUGGAAAACCCUUACGUCAUGUACAAGAAGUCUGACAAGCCUCUGUACGGUAACGACCGGUUCGAAGGUUACUGCCUGGACCUACUGAAGGAGCUGUCCAACAUCCUGGGAUUUGCCUACGAGGUUAAACUGGUAUCUGACGGGAAGUAUGGAGCACAAAACGAUAAGGGAGAAUGGAACGGCAUGGUGCGGGAACUCAUAGACCAUGUAGCAGACCUGGCUGUGGCUCCUCUGACCAUCACCUAUGUGAGGGAGAAGGUGAUAGACUUCUCUAAACCCUUUAUGACCCUGGGAAUCAGUAUCCUGUACCACAAACCCAACGGCACCAACCCCGGAGUGUUCUCCUUCCUCAACCCCCUGUCUCCUGACAUCUGGAUGUACGUACUACUGGCGUGCCUCGGAGUCAGCUGUGUCCUGUUUGUCAUUGCCAGGUUUACCCCCUAUGAGUGGUACAACCCUCACCCCUGUAACCCUGACUCUGACGUGGUGGAGAACAACUUCACUCUCAUCAACUCUGUCUGGUUUGGGGUGGGAGCUCUGAUGCAGCAAGGAUCUGAGCUGAUGCCUAAAGCCCUGUCUACGAGGAUAGUAGGAGGCAUCUGGUGGUUCUUCACCCUCAUCAUCAUCUCCUCUUACACGGCCAACCUGGCUGCCUUCCUCACCGUGGAGAGGAUGGACUCUCCCAUCGACUCGGCUGACGACCUGGCCAAGCAGACUAAGAUAGAGUAUGGAGCUGUGAGAGACGGAUCAACCAUGACCUUCUUCAAGAAAUCCAAGAUCUCCACCUAUGAGAAGAUGUGGGCGUUUAUGAGCAGCAGGAAGAACACAGCUCUGGUGAAGAACAACAGAGAGGGGAUCCAGAGAGUCAUGACCACAGACUACGCUCUCCUCAUGGAGUCCACCAGCAUAGAGUACAUCAGUCAGAGGAACUGUAACCUCACGCAGAUCGGAGGCCUCAUAGACUCUAAGGGCUACGGCGUAGGCACUCCCAUAGGCUCCCCCUACAGAGACAAGGUGACCAUCGCCAUCCUGCAGCUCCAGGAAGAAGGGAAGCUCCACAUGAUGAAGGAGAAGUGGUGGAGAGGGAAUGGUUGUCCUGAGGAGGACAGUAAGGAGGCCAGCGCCUUGGGAGUGGAGAACAUCGGUGGCAUUUUCAUAGUGCUAGCAGCCGGACUGGUUCUCUCUGUGUUUGUAGCUAUCGGAGAGUUCAUUUACAAAUCCAGGAAAAACUUGGACAUAGAGGAGGUGAGUGUAGGGCAGUGUGAGUGGCAUCAUAAGUACUAACAGAAAAAAAGGUGCUCCGAGACUGUUAUUAUGGACCUUCUACGUAGAGUAGGUUGCUGUGGACCUUAUACACACAGUCAGUCAGUUGCUAUGGACAUUAUACAUUUCACACAGUCAGUCAGUUACUAUGGACAUUAUACAAUACACACAGUCAGUCAGUUGCUAUGGACAUUAUACAAUACAUACAGUCAGUCAGUUGCUAUGGACAUUAUACAAUUCACACAGUCAGUCAGUUGCUAUGGACAUUAUACAAUACACACAGUCAGUCAGUUGCUAUGGACAUUAUACAAUACACACAGUCAGUCAGUUGCUAUGGACAUUAUACAAUACAUACAGUCAGUCAG